AUGGAGGAAGAAGUAGUAUUAAUGGAAAGCUCAGAUAGUGUGUCAACGAGUAUAGCCCAAGCUAUUUCUAAUGCACAAAGCUCAUUAUCUGUCCCGUCAGAAGCUGUGAAACAUCUUGAAACAGCAGAGAAACUUCUUCUUAAUGGUAAUCAUGAUCUUCUCGAUAACUUUUUGGAUGAAAUGCUUGCAUUUACAAAGUGUGAAUUAACCCUGAUUCUGUAUGUGAUAGAUUUCAUUGAACGAGCGUGUAAAAAGGAGCCGGAAACUGUGAAAAAGACAGUUCCUGUUCUAUCUGACUUGUUGAGCACUGAAAAUACGAGUAAUGUGAAAGUUACUAAGCGGGUGAUAACGGUUGUUGCUAACAUUUAUCCAUAUAUUUUGAAAUGGGCUGUUGGAAAAGGUUUAGAUAGUGAUGCUGCGGGGGCUUGGGAGGCUUUUUCCUUUCUCAAGGGAAGAAUUUUACAAUUCAUAGAAAACGAUAAUGAAGGAGUCCGAACCAUCAUCAUCAAGUUUAUGGAACAAAUAGUACUGGCUCAGUCUGUGAAAACUACUGAAAGCGAGAGCGGAAGGGGUGACAUCAUAUCUCUGAGUGAUAUCCCUAAGGAUCAUAGGUUCAUCUCCUGCAGGAAAGUACAAGCGGACGCAAAUAAUAAUUUAAAAUCUCUAAUUGAUCAAACUGCUCUUUCUCACAUAUCCGCUCAGAAUCUCGUUUCUUGUGUCAAUGUACUGUGUACCAUUGCACGACAAAGACCUGAUUACAUGGGAAAGGUUAUUGAAGCUUUGGAAGGCUUGCAUGCUAAUUUACCACCAACGUUAGGAACUAGUCAGGUCAAAUCAGUCAGAAAGGAACUGAAGUUGCAUAUUUUGAGGAUUUUGAGACUGCCUUCCUCAGUGCCGUUCCACCCUCGACUUACUGUGUUGCUUUCUGAUUUAGGUGCUUCUCAAAGCGAAAUUAACAGAGCUAUUCCUGCUAACAUUGCUGAAUUGAAGAGGAAGGGCAAGAGAACGGGUGAUAGUUCUGAACCUUCGACGAAGAAGUAUAAGGGCGAUGAAGAAGAUGAUGAGUAUGGUGUCCAAACAGUCAGACAGAAAACCGAAGCUGAGGAACAACGUAGAAGAGCUGUUGAUAUAACAGCCGAUUUCAUUUUUUCGAAACUCGACUCUAAGUCAGCAUUGAACAUGGUUUUGACAUCAUUACCUAAAACUCCUGACAGGAUUCCUCAGCAUUUUCUUGCGAAUUAUACCCCUGCCUCUGUAGCUGGAUCUGAGGCUCAAAGAAGACAGAUAGCAUUACUAUUAGCUCAUCAAGCGACAGAAGCUGGUGUUGGUCCAGGUGUUCAACAAAUAGAUAACGAGAAAAUAUCGAAAAAUGAAAAACCAGCUAUUAAGGAGGAGUCCAUUCUUGCCUCUGUUUCCCAAAUGAAAAUAGGAACAUUGAAGGAAUCUAAGCCUAUGGUUGCUCAGAAGACUAAGUUACAAUUCGAUCUGAUUCAAACGACGGUAGCUCAGAAGCUCACUAAAGAAGAGACGAUGGAACUUUUCAAAAUGGCAUUUUCUCGAGUGAUGAAUGCUGAACGGCGUGCUGUUCAAGGUGGAACUGCGAGUCUUCACAACUCUAUUUUAGUUAGAUUAGCAUCUCGAUAUCAAAUUAAUGAUGAUGUUUUUGAAAAGUUGAUGAUUGAUUUUAUUGUACAAGAACAUAAAAUUCGAACAGACUUAGCUCUUCUUUGGCUAGCCGAACUUUAUGCUCAAUACCAGGGUUUUUCUUAUUGUUUUAAUUUUAAAACUGAUGAUGGAAGUUCAACACCACAAGUUCGCUUAGAAAGAUACAAUCGAAUCAUGGUUGGUCUUCUGAAUGAGUUUGUUACUAACAAGCUCCAUCGUGAAGCUAUCUUCCAUAAAAUUCUACUGGAAGUACCCUUAGUUACACCUGCCGCAAUCAACUUUUUGAAAAGAGCCUGUCUGGACGAAACCUUUGGGGCAUUCAGUAUGACAACACUUCGUGAGCUUAUUUUGACCAGAGGAAGACAACGUCAUGAAAUGCUGGAUGUUCUUUUUGAACUUUCAUUUUAUGAAAAACCUGCUCAUUUGAGACACUCUUGUAUUGAUAUGGUCAGGGAGUUCUGUGAAUUGCCUUAUUUGAAGACAGACAUCAGAAACCAUCUUGUGGAUCAGUUAGAACUCCUCAAGCUACCGAAUCCUCCAGAUUUCCUUAGUCAAGAUGAAACUCUUUCCGUCUGGGAUGAAUCUACAUACCGAAGUGCUUUGCACUUGUACAUUGCUGUUCUCUCAACCGAUGCUUCACUUCUACUUCCCCUUGCUCGGAUCUAUGCUGAGUCUAGUAAAGAUUUCAAGAUGGUUGUUCAAAACUCAAUUGAUUCUGCUGUGCGUUCUAUUGGUAUACACAAUCAAGAAAUACUGAAGUUCGUGGAAGAGUGUCCUCAUGGAGCUGAGCCGUUGGUCGCCAAAGUGGUGAAUCUUCUCACUGAGAGAGAUACCGUCACAAAAGACCUGGUUGUACGAUUGAAGGCUCUUCAAGAGGAAAGAAAUGCGGAUGUACGUACAAUGAUUCCUGUGCUCAAUGGUUUGGAGAAGAGUGAUAUCAUUCGAAUCUUGCCACAGUUUGUCUUGAAAAGUGUUAAUCAGAGAACGGUUAGAAACGUGUUUAAGAAAAUUCUCUUAGGAAGACAUAUUGAUACUGGUGAACCUAUUUUGAGUGGAGUCGAGUUAGUUUAUGAAUAUCACUUGAUAAUGCCCUCAACCUCCAAUGAAGUAGAAACUCAAAUAGAAAAUUUAAAGGAUUUGAUUGAAUAUCUCCCGAAAGAGGCAAUAGCUAAUGCUGUAGAGAAGAUUAUUGAUAUUAGGCCGAUUCCCGUUUUGUUCUACUCAACUCUUAUAGCUGUUAUUGAUAAGUAUCCCUCCUUGGACAGUUUCCUUUCCAACGUACUCCAAAAACUUAUCAGUAAAGAGUUAUGGAAAGAGAGCGAAGAUACUAAGUAUGCAUUUUUCCGCGCCUUAAGCCAUUUGAAACUAGUAGCAUAUACGCCAAUACUUUCAUGUUUCUCUACUGAUGAGUUCAUGGAGUACAUUGAGUUCCACAAGGCUCAGGGCACAAAGAAUGAAACUCUUAGAAGUUUGAAAGAGCACUUACCAACUCUAUCUACUCAUCAACAGAAAUCCAUCAGCUCCCUCAUGAUGGAUAUGAUCAAGGGAAGAGAUGAUCGGAAGGAAAUCGACAAAGAAGAGCGGGAAAAAGACCGAGAAAGGGACAAAGAGCGGGAGGAAAGGAGGCAGAGAGAAAGGGAACGCGAGAAGGAGAAAUCAAAAAAAGAUGUGCGAAGAGAUUCUCGCAAGUUAUCAGCAGAAUAA